AUGGCUUCGAAAGCUCCACGCCGUGUUACUGCACGUGAAACAUACUGUCCAUCUCUACCGGCUGAGGUGUGGAUCAACGUCUUCCGCUAUCAUACCGACCUUGCCCACCUUUGGAACGUCGUCCGACGCGUCUCUCCAACACUCCGCGCGUGCGUCGAGCAUGCAUUCGGCGAACACUUCCUCAAGGAAAUACAAAUAGACUUUCAACUCGAAAAGUACAACCUGGGUGGGAAGAGUAAACGGCCGGAGGUGUCUACAAGGCUCGCGCGACGCGGCAAAGGCAAAGAUAAGACUGUAGCUUGGUUCAAAGAUGAGCGACCAGAUAUUGACUCGGAGAAAGGGCAGGGAAAGAAAGAUCGUGAGCACUACCAUAAAGUCACACGUCGAUGGGAAGAGAAUGUGAAGAACUGGAAGGCUGAGAUGCCCAAUUACACAAUCAGCAUUGGGAAUUUGGUGAACGAUACCGAGUUGCCAGGCCUCAGCAUUGAUGUUACAGCCCGCGAGAUCGAAUUCGACUGGAAGAGCAUGCUGCAGCUCUUCUUCCGCGAACGAGAACGACUCCGUGUCUUGAAAGACGAGUGGCAUAUCAAGACGGCGAAGAAGAUGCAAGCCAACAAUGCGCGGCUCAAGAAGGGCGACAAGCUCAUGCCCUCCGAUUACCCACCCCCCUGGUCGACCGCCGAAGCUGAGAUACGGAAGGACAUCAGGCGCGCAAGGCUGAAGGAGCAUUACCGCGACGACGAGCAAAUGGUAUGGGCCAUCGACUCGUUGAAGCAUUUUGAACAAUAUGGGGCAGCGACUGGCAAUACUAAGGAACUCAAGCUCAAUCCGGAUCUGCCAGGCGCUGGACUGGGCGAGAAGUGGUUUGGUAGUGUCAAUUUGGUGCAGGAACUCUACUUGGACGAGUGGAGUUGUAUGCAUAGGAUUGAUACUAAGGUUGAACAUAUUCGGAACGGCACAUGA